CGUUUUUGUUGGGUAUACCAAGCAUAAAUAUAAUUCCCUUCUCCCUAAGUGGGAGAAAAAGGUGCAUAUCUCUCACCUCAACACAUGACCUUUCCUAGCCGCCCUCAAGUCCUAUAAAUGCUAGACUAUGAUUUCUUUGCUUCUCAGUUCUAAUUAGCCUCCUCGUCCAUUUUCUUUUGCAAAUCUGUUUGCAUGCUUCUUAAUUAGAGCUUUGGUUUUAAUCUCUUUCUUCCAUUAUCUUGCCCUUUAUCAAGAAACCUUACCAUUAAGAUAUGGGACCUGUAGUACUUGAAAACCAAGUUCGUAUUCUUUUUGUGAUCUGCAUGGUACUGCUCUUGCCUGCUCUAUGUGUAUCUCAGGACAUUUCUACCUACACAUCAAGAGCAACCUACUACGGUAGUCGUAACUGCAAUAGUUCUCCAAGUGGAGCUUGUGGGUACGGAGAAUUCGGAAGGACUGUCAAUGAUGGCAGCGUGACUGGAGUCUCUAAGUUGUAUAGGAAUGGAACUGGUUGUGGUGCAUGCUAUCGGGUUAGGUGCACAUCAUCACAAUAUUGUAGUGAGGAUGCAGUGCACGUGGUGGUGACUGACUAUGCUGAAGGUGACAAAACUGACUUCAUACUCAGCACCCGAGCCUUCACAAGAUUGGCACGCCCUGGUAAUAAAGCGGCCAAGGAGUUGUUGGCUCGUGGCGUGAUCAACGUAGAAUACCGAAGGGUCUCGUGCCGCUACCCUGGUUACAAUCUUAUGUUCAAGGUCCAUGAACAAAGUAGAUAUCCUAAUUAUCUAGCUUUAGUGAUUCUAUAUGCAGAGGGGAUAAACGACAUCACAGCCGUCGAAUUGUAUCUGGAGAAUUGCAGACAAUGGAGGGGCAUGCGUAGGGCCUUUGGGGCAGUGUGGGAGAUGUCUAAUCAAGUACCAAGUGGUCCAAUAAAAUUAAGGUUUCAAGUGAGUGGCAACAAAUGGGUGGAAUCCAAAAAUGAUCUGCCUGCUUCGUGGAAUGCUGGGGUUGAAUAUGACUCAGACAUUCAGCUAUAAAUUAAUUAGAAAGCUCUUUCAAUUUGAAUAAUAUUUUGAUGUUUUAUUAGAUAUAAGUAUGAUCAUUGCAUGGAUUACUAUGUAAUUGAUUGUUAGUUUCUCUCUAGUUACUAGCGUAUUGUGUUGUAUUGUAUGCUUUGUCACUACAAGUGUUCUUGGUCAUGUUGCAAUAUAAAUAAUAGGCCAGGUUAAUGUUGUACUUUGGGGUUAAUGAUCAGAGAUAAUGAGUAUGAAUAAUAUAAGGAGUGAAGUUCCAAAUAAUUGUCCUUAUAA